AGUGUUAUAACAAAAACCUUUAUGGUGUUUGUAAUUUAAAAAAGAAAGUUGUGAAUGACUUUAGCUAAAAUUUACUGCUGCUUUCUUUCCGUUCUUUCCUUCAAAAUUUUAAACUUCUGAUGAGGACAGAAACCUAGAGGAGUUCUGAAAGACCUUAAAAAUGUCAGACUUUGACAAAAAACAGAGAAGAUGAGCAAAAAGAUUAGUAGUGCCUCUGCUCAGGGGAGGGAGGGACAAUGUGGCCACUGUUUUACCUUGUCAGGCAGUCAGGCAGUCUUAAUGAGAAAAACCUAAGCAGGAAACACAUUUUGUCAUAGAAUCACAGAAUGGUUUGGGUUGGAAGAGACCUUAAAGAUGAUCUAGUUCCAAUCCCCCUGCAUGGGCACCACCCACUAGAUCAGGUUGCUCAGGGCCCCAUCCAACCUGGCCUUGAACACCUCCGGGAAUGGGGCUUCCACAACUUCCCUGGACAACCUGGGCCAGUGUCUCGCCACCCUCACAGUGAAGAAUUUCUUCCUAAUGUCUAACCUAAAUAUCCCCUCUUCCAGUUUUAAUCCAUUACUUCUUGUCCUCUCACUACAAGCCCUUGUAAAAAGCCCCUCCCCAGCUUUCCUGUAGCCCCUUCAGGUACUGGAAGGCUGCUAUAAGGUCUCCACAGAGCCUUCUCUUCUUCAGGCUGAGCAGCCCCAACUGUCUCAGUCUGUCUUCAUAGGAGAGGUGCUCCAGGCCUUUGAUCAUCUUUGUCGUCCUCCUCUGGACUCGUGCCAACAGCUCCAUGUCCUUCUUAUGUUGGGGGCUCCAGAAUUGGACACAGUAUUCCAGGAUUAUUAUACAAGAGGAUUUGGACCUUGCUUAAAAAGAUGCCUGCUGCCUGUGCUUCAGUGCUUGAAGAUAUUGAAGAUAUUGUGUCAGCAGAAGACUUGAAGCCUCAGGAUCGACAGUUUGUAAGAAAGAGUGUUUUUCCAAAGGUUCGAAAACGCAAUUCACAAAAAAAUAUUCAGACAGAUGAUGAUGAUCCCCCAAGUGACAGCAUUAUUCCUGGUGCUCAGAAAAUCUGGAUUCGUACAUGGGGAUGUUCUCACAAUAAUUCAGAUGGUGAAUAUAUGGCUGGACAACUGGCUGCAUAUGGAUACAAAAUUACAGACAAUUCUGCUGAAGCAGAUUUAUGGUUGCUGAAUAGCUGUACAGUAAAAAAUCCCGCUGAGGACCACUUCAGAAACUCAAUCAAGAAAGCCCAAGAAGGGAAGAAGAAAGUGGUUCUUGCAGGCUGUGUGCCACAAGCCCAACCUCGUCAGGACUACCUGAAAGGCUUGAGUAUUAUAGGGGUUCAGCAGAUAGAUCGUGUAGUAGAAGUUGUGGAGGAAACUAUUAAAGGUCAUUCUGUGAGACUGCUGGGUCAGAAAAAGGAUAAUGGAAAACGUUUGGGGGGAGCACGACUGGAUUUACCGAAGAUUAGGAGGAAUCCACUGAUAGAAAUAAUUUCCAUUAAUACAGGAUGUCUCAAUGCAUGUACCUACUGCAAAACAAAGCAUGCCAGAGGAGAUCUAGCAAGUUAUUCAAUUGAAGAGCUAGUGGACAGAGCCAAACAGUCUUUUCAAGAGGGUGUUUGUGAGAUAUGGCUGACCAGUGAAGACACAGGGGCUUAUGGCAGAGACAUUGGCACAGACCUCCCUACGCUUCUGUGGAAGCUGGUUGAAGCUAUUCCUGAGGGAGCUAUGCUGAGGCUUGGCAUGACAAACCCUCCCUAUAUUUUAGAGCAUCUGGAGGAAAUGGCAAAGAUUCUCAAUCAUCCAAGAGUAUAUGCUUUUCUGCACAUACCAGUCCAGUCAGCUUCUGACAGUGUGCUCAUGGACAUGAGAAGAGAAUACUGCAUUGCAGACUUCAAACAAGUAGUGGAUUUCCUUAAAGAAAAAGUGCCUGGAAUAACAAUUGCUACAGACAUCAUUUGUGGUUUUCCAGGAGAGACAGAUGAAGAUUUUCAAGAAACAAUGAAACUUGUAGAACAAUACAAGUUUCCAAGCUUGUUUAUUAAUCAAUUUUAUCCACGCCCGGGAACCCCAGCUGCAAAAAUGCAUCAAGUUCCAGCUGCAGUGAAAAAACAGAGGACAAAGGAUCUGUCCCAGCUGUUUCAUUCAUACAAUCCAUAUGAUCAUAAGGUUGGUGAGAGGCAGAGAGUUCUGGUGACAGAAGAAUCCUUUGAUUCCAAUUACUAUGUUGCUCACAAUCCUUUCUAUGAGCAGGUUCUUGUGCCAAAGAAUCCUCUGUUAAUGGGUAAGAUGGUAGAAGUGAAUAUUUAUGAAGCUGGGAAACAUUUUAUGAAGGGGCAGCCAGUGUCAGAUGCCAGAGUUUACACUGCAUCCAUCACCAGACCGUUAGCAAAAGGAGAAGUUUCUGGUUUAACAGAGGAGCUCAGACACGCGCCUCAGAAAGGCACAAACUGGAAAGCACACCCUUCUGCUGAGAUCCCAGUGAAAACACCAUUCAGCUCUUGGAUGCCUUUGCAGCUCCCAUGGCAACAAGGAGGUGGACUGAAGAUCCUGUCUGUCAGCCUGGCUCUGCUGGCAGUUCUUGUUAUGUUUUACUACAGAGGAAUGAAAACAGAACUGUGAACUGAAUGAGACUUUUAUGAAAACAAUGAAAAUGCUGUUUAAAAAUCUUCAAAGGACAUACUUUUAACAAAAAAAUAUUUAAAAAAAAAAAAAGCUAAUAUAAAUUGGGCAAUAAUUUGUACUCACCCUAUGCCUUUCCUGUCAUUCAUAGGAAAGAAUGUUAAUAAGCUCUAAGGAGACCUAUCUUGCAAAAACGUGAGACCUUUGGUUGGCAGAACAGUUUAUUGCAUCUUUCCUCUUCUUUUUUUCUAAAAUGGUGCAAUGUUUGCAUCUCUUCCUUGUUUCAUAACUACCAUAGCAGGUAAAACUGCAUGCUGGAAACUCAUGAAGUUUGUAAGAAAUCUUUCUGUUGAAUGAUGUUGGUAAUCUUUUAUGGUCAGAACAUUUAAAGCUUUCUUCAAGAUUUUGCUUAAUGCAGCAUGAUGGUUUGAUAUGUGUCUUUAAAUCAAACACUGCUGGGCCAUUAAAGUUGGUCAUUUGUUGCUAUUGA